AUGGCGAACAAGAACUUUUCACUAACUGUGUAUGAUUCUGAGUAUAUGGAAACUAACAACAAAAUUUACCAGGAAAACAUGGAGAAGAAGAUUCGGACAAUCAGCGAGUUUCCAGAUAAAGUGUUGUUGAAGAUAUUAUCUUUACUUCCUAGUAAAGAUGUCGUAGCCACUGGUGUCUUGUCAAAACGGUGGCGAUCUCUUUGGAAGGAUGUGAAGACAUUCAGAACAUCAAGCGUAGAGAGCCUGCAGCUCAAGAUUAAUCCAUCUGCUACGAAUAAAGACAUCCAAUCAUUGGUUAAUAUGGCAGUUGCUCGCUCUAUGAGAGAGCUGAGAAUUGAGAUGAUUUGUAAGAACUUCGAGUUGCCCAAAAGCUUUUACAUGUUUUCACAACUUGAAACUGUUAUACUCGACAAAGUAAGUUUGAUGGAUCCUCCACCUGAUGUUCAUUUGCCUUGCCUCAAACGUCUCCACCUUUUAUCGGUCAACUCCCUUACCAAUGUUAUGAUAUUUACUAUCGAUGUGCCUACGCUGAGGAUAUUAUCUAUCGAUAAUACUUCUGGGAAAUCUCGGCCUAAAGGUGUUCAUGGAUUUGUGAUAAAUACCCCUUCUUUGAGUGUCAAUGUUGUUUUUGACAACCCUUACAAGUUUCUAGCACCUCUUGGCUCAACCCAAUAUCUUUCUCUGUGCUCUGUCACUUCACAUACUACAUAUCGUCCUGCGGUGUUUUCCUUCAUCUUUCUUGACCAUCUAGAGCUAUGUUUAUGUUCUGCGGAGCAGUGGAAUCUACUUACCCGUAUACUCAACUAUGCUCCGAGACUUCGAGUUCUCCAGCUCAAACUGUAUCAUAAGCACUGUGUCAAGGACACUAAAAAUCUGAUGGGGAACCAACCAGAUUUGAUUCCUAAAAGUUUAUCAUCUCAUCUGGAGAUCUUGGAAUGGAGACAAUACAACGACACAGCGCAAGAGAGAGAAGCUGCAAAGUACAUCCUAGCAAACGCGAGUGGUCUAAGAAAGGCGACAUUCUACACAGAAUCUACAGAGAAGCAUGGGAUGUUGAAAGAAGUUAGAAUGUGUGGCCAGAGGUUCAAAAACAUGUCAGCUUGUGUUAAGUAA